AUGGCAGAAAAUGAAAAAUCUGUGAUCACAGGUGUUAUUCCAAAACUUGUUCACUGCUUUCUCAGUGGAAGCCUUAAAUUCACCUUAACACCAGCAGAAAUAAAUGAAUUAUCUUGGAUUGGCCAAGAAAAAUUAAUAAAAUCAACAAUACAUAAUCCAAUUUUCAAAAAGUAUCCUUUAAGGCAAGACUUCUGUAGGUUAUUUAUUAAGAAAAUCAUACAGUAUUUGGAACCAUAUCAAGAAAUACAUGAUGAUAUCUUUGAAUUUUUAUGUACUCAAAUGAAAAGUAAAUUUGACAAAGACAAUUUGUUUUAUCGACAUACAAUUGUAAACAAUGACAUAAGCAAUAUUAUCACAAUAAAAGAAACCAAUAAUAUGGUUGUUAAUGGAACUACAGGCAUGAAAACUUGGGAGGCUGCUAUCAUCUUGUCUGAUUGGAUACUUGGUAACAAAGAACUGUUUCAUAAUAAGAAAGUACUAGAACUUGGUUCCGGUGUAGGUUUUACAGGCAUUACUUUAGGAAAAUUCUGUACCCCAAAAUCUGUUAUGAUGACUGAUUGCCAUAUUGAUGUUUUAAAAGUAUUGAUUGAAAAUAUUGCAAUAAACUUUCCAAAGUUCGAAAAGAAAGAAACUUCUCAAUGCACUUGUUUUAGAAGUGAAGAUAAGGAAAUUGGUGUCAUGAUGUUGGACUGGAAUUGUAUAAAGGAUAUAAAUGAUGGUCAAAACCCUGAUAUAAUUAUUGGUGCAGACAUUGUGUAUGAUCCAUCAAUUCUGCAACCUCUUUGCAAUGUGCUUGAAACAUUUUUUAAGAGAAAUCCAAAUGUACAAAUUUAUAUUGCAAGUAUUAUUCGAAAUGAAGAAACUUUUAGCUCAUUCUUAAACAUUUUAGGGAGAAUCAACGUCGCAGUUGAAAAACAUGUUCCGACGGAAUGUAUGUAUUUAAAAUGGGAUCAAGAAAUGCCGAGAUGCCUUCUGAAAAUAAAUCGAAAUUAA